AGGUCUAUGAAACAUUUGGCCCUGUACGUACUCCAUUUUACCUGGUGAUUCUUUCCAAGUCAUUUUGUGUAUCGGAGUUUAAACAUGAUCAAAUCUCAGAUUCACGUGAUUGUACACUUUCGAGACCUGCAAUUUGUUCUGGAAAUGUAGAAUCGUCUGAAAUACCAGGCGAAACAAUGUCCAAUACUCAACUUGAUAGUCAUGAUUCACUUAAUCAUGGCAAUGAUCAGACUCCUAUUGGAACUGAAAUACCAAUAAUUGACAACAAUAAUCCUAUCACUCAUGAAGAAAGGAAAAAAAUUAACCAAUCUUUGAAAGGAAUAUCUGUGUUCUAUGCACCUGAUAUACCUGAACUCACAAUUCCCGUCUUUUACAACCAAUUAAUCACUAAUAACAUCAAAGGAUCAGACGCAUCUUGGGUAGGCGACAUGGAACCUCCACCUGAAGCAUUAGAAUUUUCAGAUGAUGAAAAAGAGAAACUGCAUAGACGCACGUUAAAGAUGAAACGAAAAUCGCAAUCACUAGUGGAACCAACGAACUCAAUCCAAAUGUUAAGCCAACAAGAGAAACUGGACAAGCGGCAUAGCAAACUGCCAUUUGGUUUGAAGAAACGUCUAACUGCUGUUGCACCGAGCGUUCAACCCAUAGACCGUACCCAUGGUUAUUCACUUCAACAACAACCCUGUAACUUAAGACCAUGUUUGUCUAUCCAAUCAUCAAACCAGUGGAACAUGUAUCCUAAUGUUCAACCUCAAUGGCAAAAUCAAAGUUAUGAUCACAGCACCUGGCCAUCUAUGCCUACGUAUCCUCCUAUAGUACAAACUCCAUAUCCAAAUAUACCGCAAAACCCAGUGCCACUACACCCAUUUCCAUAUCACUAUACUCUCCCUGAACAAACCUACCAACAGAAUUCGUGGUCAUCGUAUGCUCCAUCGUGAUCAAAAAACUAUUCAAUGUUUCAUGAACUAUCCAUGUACAAAAUAUAAAUAUGUACCAACAUAAA